AUGGACGAUGAAGAUGACUGGUGUGCGUUUCUCGAGAACGAGUCAGUUGCCAGUGAAAUAAAAUGGAAUUUCGGCUUUAUUUUUGGCCGAGAAUGGGCAGUGUCUCGAGUGGCACCACUUGAUCUUACUCGAUUGGAAGAAAAUCUUCGAUUUCACUCGGCACUUCGGCGAGCUCACGCUACAUUUGCUCCACGACAAAUUGAGGUUACGGCAGAAAUAUUUGACUGGCAUGCACUUUGUAUCAAACAAGGACAUCUUCGAGAAGAAAUUUUACAGAAUGUAGAAGAUGUGAAUUCACUAUUGCCUCUGCCAAUAACUGUUUAUAAUCCAGAGGAACCUCAUUUGUUCAUGGCUCAUCAGCGAACAAUUGAUAGUCUUCUUUGCAUGCCACAUACACUUGAAUCAAAAGCAGAAAUGCUUGCUGAAUUUCGUCGUACAUUCAAUGAUAAUCAAGAGAUUCUUGCCGAGAUUGAUAACUUUGAAAAUACUUACCAUUCAAAUGCAGCUGUCCAAUGGUAUACACGUGAUUCAUUUGUUUGUCGAACAAUUAAUCAAGCACUUCGAUCAAGUAACGUCGACAUGAUGUUUCAAUUGCGAUACAUUCUCACUGAUCUCUAUGCCCAUUUGAAUGAAUCCUAUCGACAAAUGCAUCGAUCUUUACAAAUAUCAACACCUGAGACAUUUUAUCGUGGCCAAUUGAUGUCAAACAAAGAAUUUGAUACUUUCAACACACUUCGAGGUAGUAUUAUUUCGAUAAACACAUUCUUAUCAACGACAGCAUCAGUACAGAUUGCUCUUAUGUAUGCGGGAAAAUAUCAUGAAAAUCCUGAUCUGGUCUCAGUCAUAUUUAGCAUUGAAACAAAGCCAGAAGCACUUGCACGUCCAUAUGCAAAUAUUUCUCACUAUUCCAUGUUUCAAGAUGAAGAAGAAACUUUGUUUGCCAUGGGUAGCGUCUUUCGCAUAGGCAAUAUUCGUCAACUGCCAAAUGCAGACAAUGUUUGGGUCAUUCAUUUAAAAACGAUUAAUGAAAACGAUUAUCAAUUUAACCUGACUCAUUUGGCAACGGCGUAG